UAGGCGCGCGCCCUGCACCCUGGGAGGAGGGUGUCCACUUCGUCGUCCCUGGUGCCGCGGAGAGCCGAGGGAGGGAGGCAGGGAGACGCCUUCGGGCCUCGGAGAGAGGCGGCGGCCUGCGGACCAGUCCCCCCUAACUCAUGUGCCUUCACUCCCCCACCCCGCGGCGGCCUCUUCGGGAAAUAGAGGCAGAAAAUAGGGGUGGCUGAGUGGAAAGGACACGGCUGUAAAGCUCCUCCUCUCACUUGGUCAACAGCCCCUGACCUACCUGAGUGAGAGCCCAGAUGAUGGCAGCCACGCCCCUGCAAGCCCAGCACCAGGUGUUCUCUAUCCAGUGGUUGUGCUACAGUAAAGAAGAGUCAGAUUCCAGAAAUGUUUAGUGUCCAUGAACUGUAUCCCAAGUCCCAAUUCUGAAUUUCCCACAUCUGUCAGCUCCCUCUCCCUGACUACGUCACCGAUGCAUUGUCUUCCUUGUAGCUUCCAACCCUCUUCUGAAUUUCUGCAGCUUCCUGGUAUCACCGUAUUGCAGUCCUGAUCACUUAGUUCCUAGACUGCUGAGUAAUUAUUGACUCUGUUCUCCCUUGAUAACACCUCCAGAGAGUCACCAAGACCCAUGGUUUCUGCCCCCAUCUCCUCCAAUUGUCCUGUUUUAUAUAUCACCCUCAUUCAUGGUUUGUCUUUCCUUCCUGGUAUUUCGUUUGCACAGCUUCCCAGCUUUCUCCGGAUACAGUCUUGUGCCUUCCCAUCACCUUUGCCACUUACCUGAUACAGCUCAGUUUAUGAGUUUGAAUUUUAUCCUCCAGUUUAAGGUUUCCAAACUUCAGUGUGCAUGAGAAUCACUUGGAGGACUUCUUAAAAGACAGAUUACUCUCAAGUGGGACCUGAGAAUUUGCCUUUCUGACAAGUUCCCAGGUGAUGCUGCUGAUGGUCUGGAGACCACACUUGGAGAACCACUGCUCUAGUUAGUGAUGAUUCAAGCGGUUCAUUGAGGAGCUGGCUGGGUCAGGUUGUCAUUUUAAAUAGAUAAUUGUCUGUGCUGGGCAGAGGAUGGACUCAGUGCAGGAUAAGCCUGGAAUUGGAGCUCUUGAAGGAUAUAGCUGUUGAACUAAUGUAGUGACUCUACCAUGGUGAAGAGAAGUCAGAUUCCAGAAAUAUUUAGGAUAUAAAACUGCUUGUAAGAAAUGAGCUGUGAUGGGGACAAGAAAGUCUAGAAUGAAUCUCAACUUUCUGGUAUUGGAGACUAGCUCAAACUGGUGCUCUUAACUGAGAUAGGAGGAAAAUUGUCACUUACUGUGCAAAUCCGUUUAUAUGAAUUAGAAAGGGGAUCUAGUUUGGGGGGUCUGAGGUAGUGCUGGAGCUAGUGGAAUGUGGAGAUCUGCAGAGUGAAAUGGAAUUGGGAGUUGGGAGGAUAUUCACUGCACCUUAGGUAGAGUAACCAAGGUGGAUACUGAAAUCUGAGGAGUGAAUAGAGGGUCUAAACCAGUUUUCUGGAAUGGCAAAGUUGGGACCAACAGGGAGGGGAAGGGUUGGCUAUUAAGAAAGCAUGAGGCUCGGUAGACAGGAGCUGUUACGGAUUGCCUUUGAGGUGAUAGUGGUUGCACAACAUGAUGUAUGUAAUCAAUGCCACUGAAUUAUACAUGGAAAGUUAAUGAAUUGGCAGAUGUUUUGAUAUGUCUAGUGUUACCCCCCCCCACACACAGACACACACACAGACACACACACAGACACACACACACUACCCAGCAGCCAUACGAUUUAAGUAGUGCCUUCGACUCAUCAGGAAGCAGAAUGGACUGCUGCAGGUGGCAUGGAGCUCCCUCUGCUGGAGGUUCUUGAGCAGAGGCAGCACAGCUUAUUCAAAGUUAAGGCGGGGGUCGUUGGAUGGAACAGGCUCAUCUGGGCAAAUCAUAACUUUGUUCAUGUUAGGUGGGCAUGAGUUUUGGGGUAGUGAAGUGGAAACAGGUAGGUCCUGAAAUGCAACCUGUGAGUGGGUGUCUGGACAGAUUGAAGCUAAUUGUUCACCUGUAGGUGAGACAGUGAAAGACUGAAAGUGCGUUUACAAAAUCCAAGAGAUUUUGCUCUAGGAGGUGAGUUCACGGGAGACUUUUUUCAGGAUUUUCCAAAAUACUAUGCUUUGUAACAGUAAAUCUUGCAUCCUUGUGAAAGCCCUUAUGGUAGUGAGAGAAGUUCCAGAUUUUUGAUUGUAGAAAUAGUCAUUUUAUGGUCUAGUUCCUUUCACCUUUUCUCAUUACCCAUCCCUUAUAGGACCCCUCCUUCAGGCCCUCAUACUAUCCGCUCUGCCUCACACUCUGGCCCUGAGCCAGAGAAUUGGCUCUGGGGCAGCAGGAAUCUGUUGUUUUAGGAGGUGGUGACCUUCGAGGACGUGGCUGUGUACUUCACUCGGACAGAAUGGGCUGGCCUUUCUCCCACACAGAGGGCUCUGUACAGAAAUGUGAUGCUGGAGAAUUAUGGGAACUUGACUUUCCUGGGAUACCCAGUUCCCAAACCUUCUCUGAUCUCACUUCUGGAGGGAGGAGAUUUACCUUGGGGGCUGGAGACACAGGGUGAUCCACCUGCAGAGAAGACCAGAGACAUCUGUAAAGAUGCUGGUAACAACAUUCACAGCAAGUCCAUAUCAACACAAGGAAUCUCUGGAGAAAGAGACAUGAUCGCAUGUGGGCUGCAGAAUAGUGUUCCUCAGGGAACUGAUUUCCCAGAAACAUGUGAACUGGAGAAGCACCAGAAGAUCCCCACUGUGGAAAAUAUUGGAGGAAAGGUUGAGAGAAUCCACUGUUCAAGGAAACCCUUCAGAUGUGAGGAGUGUGGGAAAUGCUUCAGCUAUUUUUCUUACUAUAUUAGACACCAGAGAGUCCACACUGGGGAGAAACCCUUUGAGUGUAAUGAGUGUGGAAAAGCCUUUAAUGGCAAUUCUUCACUAAUUCGUCAUCAGAGAAUCCACACCGGAGAGAGACCCUAUCAGUGUGAGGAGUGCGGGAGAGCCUUUAAUGAUAACGCAAAUCUGAUCAGGCAUCAGAGAAUCCACAGUGGGGACAGACCCUAUCACUGUAAGGAGUGUGGAAAUAGUUUCACCAGUAGUUCUGAGUUUGUCAUACACCAGAGAAUCCACACCGGGGAGAAACCCUAUGAAUGUAAUGAGUGUGGAAAAGCUUUUGUUGGUAACUCACCACUAAUUCGGCAUCAGAAAAUUCACACUGGAGAGAAACCAUAUGAGUGUAAUGAGUGCGGCAAAAGCUUCGGAAGGACUUCCCAUCUUAGCCAACAUCAGCGUAUUCACACAGGGGAAAAGCCUUAUUCUUGUAAAGUAUGUGGCCAAGCCUUCAAUUUUCAUACAAAACUAACUCGGCAUCAGAGAAUCCAUAGUGAGGAGAGGCCCUUUGAGUGUGUGGAUUGCGGAAAAGCCUUCAGUGCUAAGGAACAGUUAAAAAGGCAUCUCAGAAUCCAUAUUCAGGAGUCUUCCUAUGUAUGUGAUGAGUGUGGAAAAGACUUCACUAGCAAAAGAAAUCUUAUUCAGCAUCAGAAAAUUCACACUGGUGAGAAACCCUAUGAGUGUAGCAAGUAUGAUAAAACCUUCAGGACUUCUCAGCUAGGUUGUCAUAAGCAUGUCCAACCAGGAGAGAAGCCUGUGCUGGACAUUUGUCGUUUUGGCCUCCCAGAAUUUUUUACCCCUUUUUAUUGGUAAUAAUAUAUACUAAAUCACCUUUUGGACUCCAUCCUCUAGUCAGGAGUAGAAUGUGGGACACAGGCCUGGCUCAGCUACAAGUUUUUCUGCUUAGGCCAGUUAUUGGUUCUAAUGUCAGUGAGUGACCUAAUAUGGUACAAUUAGAGUGAGUCCCAGGACUUGGCAAGAGCUAACUGGAAUAAAUACUCUUCUUUAUGCAUUGAACUUGAGCUGUGAGGAACUCCUUGGAUUCUAGUAGAGUCUGAGAAUAACGUCAGCACAGCAAAAGAGGUAUCUGAGAGUUGAAGAGCAACCACAUCUUGAAGACAUUGUUUGAACAACUACAUUAAACCAUAUCUGAGGCUAGAAUUACAUCUGGGGUUUUGAAUUCCAGUAACCAAUAAAUUCCACUUUUGUUUUUAUGCUUCA